AUGAUUGACAAGAAGAUGAGAUCAAAAUCCAUUGGUCUCCUUGUGAUUCUUAUUUACUACGUUCUUUCCCUCUCUGUCUUCUUUCUUAAAGUUACAGAAGCUGUCUGCAAUCUCCAAGACCGAGACUCUCUCCUUUUAUUCUCCAUCAACGUAUCAUCUCCACUUUCUCCUUUGCAUUGGAACUCAUCCACAGAUUGUUGUUCAUGGGAAGGGAUCUCAUGCGACAAUUCUCCUCAAAACCGAGUCACUGCGAUUCUUUUACCCUCUAGAGGACUCUCCGGUCCUCUCCCAUCCUCUGUUUUGAAUCUUCGCCGUCUCUCUCAGCUCAACCUUUCUCAUAACCGUCUCUCUGGUCCUCUCCCACAAGGCUUCUUCUCUGUUCUUGACCAGCUCACGGUUCUUGAUCUCAGUUACAACAGUUUCAACGGUAAAUCACCAUUUGAACAAUCAUCAUCUACCAAUGGAAGUAACCAAAGCUUACAAAUUCAAACCGUUGAUCUCUCCAGCAACCUUCUCCAAGGAGACAUCAUCAGCGAUUCUGUUUUUCUUCAGAGAGCUUUAAGGUUAACCAGUUUCAAUGUCAGCAACAACAGCUUCACCGGUCCACUCCCUUCCUUCAUCUGCAAAAUUUCACCGCAGCUAACAAAACUGGACUUCUCUCAUAACAAAUUCACAGGCGUUAUCUCUCAAGGGUUAGGUAGAUGCUCCAGGCUACGUGUUCUCCGAGCAGGCUUCAACGAUCUAUUUGGUGAAAUCCCUAAAGAAAUCUAUAAUCUAACUAACCUCGAGGAACUUCGUUUACCAGCCAACCAUCUCUCUGGGAAGAUAGAUGAUGAGAUCACUCGUCUCACGAAACUGACAUGUCUUGACCUUUAUUUCAAUCAACUUCAAGGGGAGAUACCAAAGGAUAUAGGGAAGCUUGUCAAUCUCCGCAAACUACAGCUCCAUAUCAACAACUUCACAGGCUCUGUACCCAUCUCUCUAGCUAAUUGCACAAAGCUUGUGAAGCUGAAUCUACGUGUUAAUAACCUGGGUGGAGCCUUAUCAAAUGUAGACUUCUCCCGUUUUCAGAGCCUCAGCAUUCUUGACCUCGGAAACAACAGCUUCACCGGAGACUUUCCUUCAACGGUUUACUCUUGCAAGAACCUAACCGCGAUGAGAUUUGCAGGGAACAAGUUAACAGGACAGAUAUCUCCACAAGUACUGGAACUGAAGUCCCUUUCGUUCUUCACAUUUUCACAAAAUCAAAUGACCAACAUUACAGGCGCACUUAGCAUUCUGCAACACUGCAGAAAGCUCUCUACUCUCAUCAUGGCAAGGAACUUCUACGACGAAACGAUACCAAGCAACGAGGACUUCCUUGAUUCAGAUGCGUUUCCAAAGCUCCAGAUCUUCGGUACUGGUGGAUCAAGAUUGAGAGGUGUUAUACCCGCUUGGUUGAUCAAGCUCAAGAGCGUAGAGCUUAUGGAUCUUUCACAAAAUCAACUCGAGGGGUCGAUUCCUGGUUGGCUAGGAACUCUUCCAAACCUUUUUUACUUGGAUCUUUCUAGUAACUUUCUUACAGGAGAGCUUCCAAAGGAACUGUUUCAGCUGAGUGCUCUCAGGUCCCAAAAUGUUUAUGAUGCAACAGAGAGGAGUUACCUAGAGCUGCCUGUUUUCGUCAGUCCUAAUAACAUCACCUCUAAUCAACAAUACAAUCAGAUCUCCAGCCUCCCACCUGCUAUAUACGUCAAUAAGAAUAAUCUGAACGGGACCAUACCGGUUGAGAUUGGACAGCUAAAGGUUCUCCUUGUCUUGGAGCUUCAAAUUCCAACUCAGCCUGCUUCUACAGAGAUGAAUAAAGAAAAGGUUAACAUAAAGCUUAUUGUGGGGGUCGUCAUUGGGAUCUUUUUUGCCAUCGGUUUGAUUAUGGUGAUGUUUGCUCUGUGGGUGAUGGUCAAGAAGAGGGUGAAUCCAGGAGACUCUGAGCUCGCCGAACUGGAGAUAAGUUCCCAUGCCUCAUACUCUGAAGUUCCUACAGAUUCCGAGAAAGACAUAAGCCUUGUACUAUUGUUUGGAAACAGUAGAUACGACGGAAAAGACCUGACCAUAUUCGAGCUCUUGAAAGCUACAGACAACUUCAGUCAAGCUAAUAUUAUCGGAUGCGGCGGGUUUGGUCUUGUCUAUAAAGCCACAUUGGAUAAUGGGACGAAACUAGCGGUCAAGAAACUCACCGGAGAUUACGGUAUGAUGGAGAAAGAGUUCAAAGCAGAGGUAGAAGUCCUCUCCAGGGCCAAACAUGAGAACCUGGUCGAUCUACAAGGCUACUGCAUCCACGAUGGUGCACGCAUACUCAUCUACUCGUUCAUGGAGAACGGGAGUCUAGAUUAUUGGCUGCACGAAAACCCUGAAGGUCCAGCUCAGCUAGACUGGCCUAAAAGACUGCACAUCAUGAGAGGAGCAAGCUCUGGACUAGCGUACAUGCACGAGGUAUGUGAACCACACAUAGUACACCGAGACAUCAAGUCCAGCAACAUCCUUCUAGACGGGAGUUUCAAGGCCUACCUCGGAGAUUUCGGGUUAUCAAGACUGAUCCUACCCUACCGCACACACGUCACAACUGAGCUAGUGGGCACAUUGGGUUACAUUCCUCCAGAGUAUGGACAAGCAUGGGUAGCUACCUUGAGAGGUGACGUGUACAGUUUCGGUGUUGUAAUGCUAGAGCUACUCACGGGGAAAAGACCAAUGGAGGUUUUUAAACCAAAGGUGUCGAGAGAGAUAGUGGCGUGGGUGCAUCAGACGAGAAAAGAUGGGACACUAAAGGAGGUUUUUGAUCCGUUGUUGAGAGAGACUGGUAAUGAAAGAGAGAUGCUUCGUGUGCUUGACAUUGCCUGCAUGUGUGUGAACCAAAACCCAAUGAGGAGACCAAAUAUUCAACAAGUUGUGGACUGGCUUAAUGAUGUUGAAGCUCAAAACACAAACCAAAGUAACAGAGAAGAAGAAACCAAAGAAGAGUGAAGAUAACUUGUGUGCCUUUUUGUACUUUUAUCACACAUUCUGUAUAAGUAAAUAUACACUUAAUUUUUGAUUUUUUGUUUAUCAAAUCCAAAUGUUAAGCCAUCAUUUUCAUGUAAAUUAUUUUUUUUUAUUUUUUUUGAAAAG